GGGACAAAGUUCCACACCGGAACCAUUGCAGUACAGCUGUUGUUUCACGCCGUCGGACUUGAUCGCGUUGGACAACAACCGAAAGUGCAGAGUUAUGCAAACUGUAUUAUGUUGUAGAUAAAACAAUCGACCAUCUAUUUGAAUUUAAAAUGAUGUGGGUCGCCAGGCGACUGCUGUCGUCUGUCGCUCAGAGAACAGGGCGGUACGCAGGCCCGCCCGCCUUGUUCCGUCACCCUCGUCACGGCUGCCUCCCGGACCUGGAGCCGCGGUACCUCCAGUGUACGUGUUGCUGGCGCAGCCGGGUUCCCGUGGCCGGUUUUGAGACCCUCAACGCCGCCAUCUCCUCCACGUCAGAGCCCUGCGACGAGGACAACCGGUCCCUGGACGCGUGCUACACCUCCGAGCAGCGGCACGCCAUCCUGCGGCUGCUCAACACCGCCACGCCGUCGGAGCUGGCCGGCGUGAAGCUCCUGCGGGGCCGCAAGUCGGUCAACAUCGUGGAGUACCGGACCAGAAACGGGCCCUUCCCGACCCUGGAGAGCGUGGUGAACGUGCCGCUGCUGAAGCACAAGAGCGCCGUCACGGUGUUCAACUCCAUCCUCAACCCCGUGAAGAAGGAGAAGAAGGUGAAGAUCCAGUUGGCCAAGUUCAUCAGGCCGGAAGUGGACAGGUCCUGGUUGGAGGAUGCCAGUAACAUUGUGUCCCUCGUAUGUGGGACUAAUAAAAUCGCCUGGGCUCAAGUGGACCGGGGGAUGACGCUGCUGGAUUGGCGACAGGUGGAGUGUCCAAAUUUCUUGAGGGGAACAUACAUGGCGUCCGCGUACUUGAAUGAUGUGAGUACGAAUACAAAAAGGUGGUGGGCCUUCCUCUCAUCGGUGGACUUCUACAUAAUCGAGAAAUCCUCCAUCUCGGUCCAGAACACGGCCCUGUUCCCCAUCAUGGCCCACAUGAGGACCGUGGAGGCCUUGCUGUUCGCUCUGCUUGAGCCCAGAAACGUGCCCCCAGAGUCCAACAUUCCUCCCCGAGUUCUGAACAUGAUGCGCGCGGCGGUGGGACGUCACUUCGGGCUCAUGCUGGGCGAGUCGCGGACCAGCGGCGCGCAGACGGUGCGGCGGCUGAUGACCGAGUCGGUGACGCAGACGCUUCCCCGCUUGCGGUUCCCUCAGGAGCUGCUGUUGAAGCACAGGAAUUCCUUCCAGAUGGGCAGCAGGAGAGGCGGCGAGGAACUGUGCGACGCUCUGCUUCAGGCUGUGGCUUUCUACGAGCUGCUCAGCGAGUCCUCCAGUUAGCCCACGCCGGGUGCGACCUCUGACCCCGCACUACGCCGGGUGUGACCUCUGACCCCGCACUUCGCCAACCCAGAAAAAAGGAACUUCCUGGAUGGCCCUCCGAGCCCCUUUGGGACUAAAGCUGAACGUUUACCUCAAGGAAGAGAUUAGGCGCUGACUCGCGCUACAUUUAAAGUAUUGGAUGUUCUUACUGUUACAUGUUUGGAUCUAAAUGCUGUCGGCCAUCCUCCCGCCGUUUGUUUGUAUUGAGUCAUAAAAAGGCCCAGCACAUCAAAACAGUCGGAAAAAAUAACAAUUUACAAAAAUAUAUUAUGUUUUAUUUCAUUUUUCAUGAUAAAACAUAACACAUGAAAACA